AUGAAUACAGCAUCACGGCCGCGUAGCUCGACCAGAGGCCCUCUCGCCGAACCAGACGAUCCAUUGGCCGACAAAACGCUAGAAACAGAUACGUCGGAAUUGAAGACAGCAAGCAUUGAUGAACUGACUGGGGAAUCGUUCUACGAGUUAGAUCCUCUAGCACCGGGUGAUCUACCAGAAGCAUUAGCGAAAGACGCAUCAUUUCUCCUCCGAUAUGACAUCUACCAUUCCCUUUCGCAGGUCGACAUUCCACCCGCAUUACGCUCAGAAUUCGUCGGCCUGACACCGGAUGAACCAUUGACCACGACAUUAAGCACCGUUGAGAGACUAUUAGUCGAAGGCCACUUCAUAUUAGCCGCAUAUCUCUGCGGGUCGAUAUUAACGUCAUCCCUGGUCUCGCCUACAGACAUUCAACUGGUGUUUGGCCUCUUCUACACACGACUAGCAUGUCUAGAGCUAUCCGGCCAUGCAAUAAUUGCAGCUCAAGAAUCCAAAGCCCUCGAAGACCUCACCUCUAUAUUCUACUACGUGGAUCUCAACCACGAGGCAACAUCCGAUGAUACCCCCGACCAGGACACUCCCAAACACCUCCGCCAUAUAGUCCCAUGGCCAUUGCGCGUCUUGGCCGUAAGACUCCAAAGCAUCGGAUUCGGAGACUCACGGAGAGGUAUCGGCGGUCUAUACGAACUUGGAUUAGAAGCAUGGAGGGAAAUAAUGCAGCCAGAGCUAAGUCGGGAUGAAAAGGUGAUAUGGAAGGAGAGGCUAGCGGAUCUGGGUGUCCGGAGUGUGAAUGCGCUCGUUGAGAUGGGUGAUUAUGAUUCUGCUAAGCGGUCACUUCAUAAUCUGCGCACGUCUGGAAAGGCGAAUGAUGGGAAUAGAUCGAGGAAAGCGCUUUUGUUCCUUGCGAUGGGUGAUCUGGAUGGUGCGGAGGAGGUCUUUGGCGAGUCGGAUGAAAACGAGAAGGCUUUGUUCAAGCCGCUUCUUAGCAUGGCGGAGGGCAAUUACAAGGAUGCAGUGGUUGAAUGGCAGACAUUACUAGAGACUCAACCCAAGAGGCCUGACGAGGCAAUGAUCAACCAGAACCUGGCAGUGUGCUUAUUGUACACAGGGCAACUGAAUGAGUCCCGGACACUAUUCGAAUCAUUAGUCUCCGCGAACCACUCUUUCAGCAGCUUGAUAUUUAACAUGUCGACCGUCUACGAGCUUUGCUCUGAUCAAUCAGGACAAAUGAAGGCAGGGCUUGUAGAGACUGUUGCUCGACAACCGAUUUCAGGACACACCAACUUGGAUCGAUCUAAUGCUGAUUUCAAAUUGUGA